UUUUCAAAACUACACAGGAGACCUACAGGACAUAGCGUAUGUAAGUGCAUGACAGCUAAGAUUUAUAAAAUGAUUUCAUAAAGCUAUACAAGAUGAACAAUAAAGGAAUAAUAAAGCACAAAACCAAAUGUUUAGGAUACAGUGAGAUAUGAGCAAUUGUGAGUAGAGGCUGAUAAAGAUUACUGUGCUCUCACAUUUGCUCUCACUAUACUAUAUGCUCCAGUGCAGUCCGGCUACAGCCCUACUGUGUUAUUGUGUUGUUUGAAAAACAAGCUGCUUCACGUGAGUCCUUAUCAGUCCCAGGACAGCAGAGGCUGUACCGAGUUUGCAUCAGGAUUUCUGGUGGAGUUUCCUCUAGCACAGGAAAACAAGGUUUCUUCAAUGGGACAACAGCGUCCAGACCCACAGGCACACACCACAAUAUCCCACACAACUCAAGAAAGAUUCCCAGCGCUUGGAUCAAGGUGAGAAGAAGGAAUGGAACAUGAGACCAAGAAGGGGAAAAGAGGUUUUGUUUCUCCCAUCAAGCGUCUGGUUUUUCCCAAAGCUGCGCGCAAGCAGGCGGACAGGAACAGCUUAUACAGGAGACCCCUUCACUCUGUCCCCUUGUACCCCCCUGACUACCUCAUCGACCCGGAGAGGCUCCUCCAUGACUACGUCGAGAAGGAGGUCAAAUUUUUAGGUCAUUUAACCUGGGUGUCGUGCUCAUUAAAUCCAUCCAGCAGAGAUGAACUCCUUCAGCUUCUCGACACAGCAAGGAAACUGAAAGAGCUGCCCUUGAAGACGACCCCCGAGCAGGACAGUAUCCUGAGCCUGUCAGCCCGCUGCCUGCUCCUCACCUGGAGAGACAACGAGGAGCUCAUCCUGAGAAUCCCCACCCACGAGAUCGCUGCUGCCUCCUAUCUGCAGGAUGAUGCACUGCACCUCCUCGUUCUCAAAACAGGUCUGGGGGUUGACCUAGUACCAGCAGGGGGCAGUCUGGAGCGGAGGCACCCUAGUGGGAGCUUGGAGAAGAAACAGGGCAGCAUUGAGGGAAGGAGGCAGACGGUGAGCAUUAUGGACCGCCGGCCAGCAGGGGGCACUAUGGAACGCAGGCACACCAUCUGCAGCCUGGACUGGAAAAUGUCUGGCCUUCACGAGCAGAAGCAGACAGGGGGGAGCUUGGAGAGGAAACAUCCAGGGGGCAGUCUGGAGCUCAAGCAGGUGGGAGGCAGCUGGGAGAGGAGGCCGACCCGGAAGACUGGUGGGAGACCCAUCAGCGGGAGUUGGGAAAGGAGACAAACAGCCAGCGUUGGGGGAAGCUGGGAGAGGAGGAAUACUGGAAAGCCGGGGGGUAGCUGGGAAAGGAAGCACACAUACGGAGGUAGCUGGGAACGGAGACAGGCUUACAGCGGGAGCUGGGAACGAGGCAAGUCAUACGGCAGCUGGGAGAGAAGGAACACUGGCAUCAACCCACUAGACCCCCAGAAGCCCACCCCCAGCCCAGACGCAUACUGUAACUUAAUUAUCCUGGCUGUGGCCAACAAGGAUGCGGCAGAGGAGUACUGUGCUCUGAUCUGCCAAGUGUUUCAGAUCAUCUACGGUGAUCAGACGAUUGAGUGUGUCGACCGGGCUGGAUAUCACUACACCUCCACACCUGACCGACGCUGGCUCCUGCAGAGGAGUGACAGCCGGCUGACAGAUAUGACAUACAGCUAUGAUGCAGAUUUCAGCUGCUGCAGCUCUUUCAAUGGUUCCCAGGAGACAUUUGACCCAUACUACAGUGAGAACUACAGUGACAGCUCAUCGCUGUCGUUCAGGGAGUCCCGGCACAGUCUGGCCACUCUGUGCAGUGAGAGCGACCACAGCAAUGCGGGAGUCGAGCUUCUACAGGAAUACAUGAUAACUCUGAGAAGCAAGCUUUCCCCGUUAGAGAUCCAGCACUUUGCCCUUCUGCUGCGAGAAUACAGAAUGGGAGCCCCUAUCGAGCAGUACUGCUCUGACCUCCUUCAACUGUAUGGAGAGAAAAGGAAAUUCCUUCUGUUAGGAUUGAGACCCUUCAUCCCAGAUAAUGACGUGGGCGUGUUUGAAAGCUUCCUGGAGAGCAUUGGAAUCCGAGAGGGUGGGAUCCUGACAGACAGCUUCGGGAGGAUCAAGCGCAGCAUGAGCAACACGUCGGCCUCCGCAGUGCGCAGCUACGACAGCUGGUCACUCCACUCAGAGUCCGAGAACUUCAACAGGAUGAUCACCGACAUCACACACGACAUCGAGGCUCUGGGCUGCGAGGACAUCGAGGAAGAGGAUCAUUACUUGUGACUUGAGAAGAGCUCUUCAGCAAGUGACACAAUACAUACAGGACUUCCUAUAUCCUGCUGCAAUAAAGCUGGGGAUUCUGGGACUACAGUGUGUCGACCCAAUAUGUCUGUCAAUGUUGCCUGUUAACGUUGAUAAAAAAAAAAUCCUUCAGACAUACAAAUGCAUUUAUUUAGAUAGAACCCUUGAGGUAUACAUCUCCUUUCCAAAGGGGUCCUGGCAGAAGAAUAACAUUAUAAAAUCAAUGGCCAAAGUAAUCAUUCAACACUUAACACAAUCAUAAAAACAGUCAUACAAAAUAAAACACCUACAAAAUAGAACAAAAAAUAGAACAAUUCCAAUUUGCAUUGCAAUAUGCGAUUGAAAAACAGGAGGCACUGUGCUCUGUUCCCGGCAGUGUUUGAGUGAGUGACCUUCCUUGGGGCGAGGUGAACCCAACAGCAUCCCAUUAGGCUGGGUUGUGUGGAUUUGCAGUGCAUGCUCAGCAGUACCUGGAGGGGUCAUGUGUACUCUCUAACCUCUGAGUCUGUUUCUACUCAGCAAUGAAACGACUGCUUUGCUGUUACUCAGGGAGCUAAACUACUGUAUGUCAGCCAUUUGAAAUGAACACACACUCCAGGCUGAACUGCAUAAACAUUACCAUUUUUUUCCCUUUUUUUUAAUAAACGUCGCCUUUGUCCUUAAACAA